AUGGAUUCGUUAAAAGAUAAAUAUGAUGAAUAUUUUGAUUUUGCAAUUCUACGAAGUGAACUUUCUAUUAUAUACUCAUCAACUGAAUUUCAUAAAGCAAACAUUCAUGAACUUUGGUUGUAUCUCAAAUCUACUGACUUAUCAGAUAGCCUACCACAGAUUACAAAAUUAGCAUCAUUGAUUGUAACCAUUCCAGCCACAAGUGCAGGAGCUGAACGCUCAUUUUCCUGCUUAAAAAAAAUAAAGACACAUCUCAGAAACUCCCAGUCCCAAAAUAGACUUUCAGAUCUGUCUCUUUUGACAAUUGAAAAGUGA